AUGUGUCUGAUAGAUAUGCAUGAUACGAUCCAAUUGGUACCGGUCCCGUUUUUCGUGGGGAAGGCCAAGUCGUUGAACCCACCACAGAGCAAAGUGUUCGUCAAUGUGUGCCAUAAUAAGGAGGUGCCGCCCCCUAGGGAGCCCUUUGCUGGGUUACAAACCUUUCAGAAAAUAAUGGCAAACCAAUGGGAGAUCCCCAUCGUCACAUCUCCCAAGAGGACAGAUGUAGACAAGAGUCAUCAACCUUGCAUUGUGUUUGACUGUAUUAUCAACACAGACAUUGUGGAACCUCUAGAGGAAUACGAAGACCUUCGAAAGAUCACCAUGGAAUGGUGUCUGGAGAGUAUAGAGCUGCGAGAGGAUAACUUGCUUAUUGACAGGGACUCGGUGAAGUUCCCCAAGAUGAAGUACAAGGGCCAACUACCACCAGCAUCUGUCACAAUGGAAAUACCGAGAGAAGACGGUACCCAAGAAUCUGAGGGAAACAACCCGAGCUCGUUGUUACAAUGGAAGGCAGAUACAGAACGAUUAGAGGAGCAAGAGACCACUUUGAAAACAUUAUUCCCGCAGGGACCUCCUCCGAAUAAGCCUCUGAUCCAGGAAAUAUCAAGGGAGCACCAGUUGAAACGAAAUGAAAGAGUGCAAAAUAUCCAAGAGAUAAAAGAGUCCUGCACCUUUGACGUGGCUAUGCGUAAGACAUACGACACUACUGAGUAUAAACUGCGUAUCAAAAUAGUCGGUUCAAUCACUAAACUACUGGCAGAUAACUUGGAAGUGAAGUACGACGCAGAUAAAAACCAACUGCUUGUUGAAUACGCAGCGUCUCCGGUUUUGAAGUUAGACCUCCCCAAUUUCAUCAAGGAAGAACACUAUACUGUGCGAAACUUCAAAACAUUUUUAGUAAGUAAUCGAAUAUAUAUUUUCGUUUAA